AUGUCCUGCCGCUCCUACAGGAUCAGCUCAGGCUGUGGGGUCACCAGGACCUUCAGCUCCUGCUCAGCUGUGGCCCCCAAAACUGGCAACCGCUGCUGCAUCAGUGCCGCUCCCUACCGAGGGGUGUCCUGCUACCGGGGGCUGACGGGCUUCGGCAGCCGCAGCCUCUCCAACCUGGGCUCCUGCGGACCUCGCAUGGCCAUGGGCGGCUUCCGCGCCGGCUCCUGCGGCCGGAGCUUUGGCUACCGCUCUGGCGGCGUGUGUGGGCCCAGCCCGCCCUGCAUCACUACUGUGUCCGUCAACGAGAGCCUCCUCACGCCCCUCAACCUGGAGAUCGACCCCAAUGCGCAGUGCGUGAAGCAUGAGGAGAAGGAGCAGAUCAAGUGUUUGAACAACAGGUUCGCUGCCUUCAUCGACAAGGUGCGCUUCCUGGAGCAGCAGAACAAGCUGCUGGAGACCAAGUGGCAGUUCUACCAGAACCAGCGUUGCUGCGAGAGCAACAUGGAGCCCCUGUUCAAUGGCUACAUCGAGACGCUGAGGCGGGAGGCCGAGUGCGUGGAGGCCGACAGCGGGAGGCUGGCCUCGGAGCUCAACCACGUGCAGGAGGUGCUGGAGGGCUACAAGAAGAAGUAUGAAGAGGAAGUGGCUCUGAGAGCCACGGCAGAGAAUGAGUUCGUGGUUCUAAAGAAGGACGUGGACUGCGCCUACCUACGGAAAUCCGACCUGGAGGCCAAUGUGGAGGCACUGGUGGAGGAGUCUAGCUUCCUGAAGCGUCUCUAUGACGAGGAGCUCCAGGUGCUCCACGCCCACAUCUCAGACACCUCGGUCAUCGUCAAGAUGGACAACAGCCGGGACCUGAACAUGGACUGCGUUGUAGCUGAGAUCAAGGCUCAAUACGACGACAUUGCCAGCCGCAGCCGGGCUGAGGCUGAGUCCUGGUACCGCAGCAAGUGUGAGGAGAUGAAGGCCACAGUGAUCCGGCAUGGGGAGACCCUGCGCCGCACCAAGGAGGAGAUCAACGAGCUCAACCGCAUGAUCCAGAGGCUGACUGCUGAGAUCGAGAAUGCCAAGUGCCAGCGGGCCAAGCUGGAGGCCGCCGUGGCUGAAGCAGAACAGCAGGGCGAGGCAGCCCUGACUGAUGCCCGCUGCAAGCUGGCGGAGCUGGAGGCCGCCCUGCAGAAAGCCAAGCAGGACAUGGCCUGCCUGCUCAAGGAGUACCAGGAGGUGAUGAACUCCAAGCUGGGCCUGGACAUCGAGAUCGCCACCUACAGGCGGCUGCUGGAGGGCGAGGAGCACAGGCUGUGUGAAGGUGUAGGCUCCGUGAAUGUCUGUGUCAGCAGCUCCCGCGGGGGAGUGGCCUGUGGGGGCCUCACAUGCAGCACAACUCCUGGGCGCCAGAUUGCCUCUGGCCCUGUGGCCACUGGUGGCAGCAUCACGGUGAUGGCGCCUGACUCCUGUGCCCCCUGCCAGCCCCGCUCGUCCAGCUUCAGCUGCGGGAGCAGCAGGUCCGUCCGCUUUGCCUAG